GCUGCGAGCAGGUCCAUGGUUAGUUUGUGCUGAGGCGUCGAGAGCUAGCGAGCGAGCAGCAGCAGGUCGGCGUUGGCGUCUAAAACGGACCCAGAUUGGGACCCAUGUGAGGCAGCUGAGCCGCCGACGAUCGGAUUGCUUUUCCCGGGAGAGCACCGCCACCCCCGGAAAAAAUGUUUCAGUGCAUUAUUCAGCAGAGGAAUGGCUGGAUCAAGGGCAGUCCCGAAAUGCGCGACGUCUUUCCAGACAUCAGACUGCAGUUGGCCGAACAGCUGCGAUGUCUGGACGCCCGCAUGGAAAGCCAGGUGUCGCUGGUGACCGAGCUGCAGGACUACUUCAGGAAGAGGGCUGAGGUGGAGCUGGACUACAGCAAGAGCUUGGACAAACUGUCAAAGUCGCUGUCACUGCGACACCGCGAGCAGAAACAAAAACGCGAGCAGUGGCCGCUGUUCUCCAGCUACUCGUGCUGGCAGCAUCUGCUGAGCCACACAAAGGGCCUCAGCAAGGACCACGCGGCCCUGAGCGAGAUCUACUCGGUGCACCUGGUGGGUCGUCUCGCCGGCCUCAUGGACGACGUCCAGCGAAUCUACAGAAGGUGCCGAGAGAUUGGUUACGAAACACACGAAGAGCUGCUGAGAGUUUUGCACGAACUGCACACAACCAGCAAGACGUGGCUCGGCUACCAGGCGGAGGCCAGACAGGCUGAGAGCAAACUGCGACUCGCCGAAGCCCAGCGCACCAAACUUGAGAACUCGAUCCCCAAAGAAAAGAGGGAGCGCUCUAAAAAGUAUAGAGUGAUCGAGAAGGAGGUUCUCAAGAGGAAAAAUAAAUUCAACGACGCCCAGCUGAAGGCCCUGAAGGCGCGAAACGAGUACGUGCUGUGCCUCGAGGCGUCCAACACCACAGUCCACAAAUACUUUGUGGACGACCUCUCUGAUAUAAUAGACUGCAUGGAUCUGGGUUUCCAUCAUUGCAUCUCAGGAGCCAUGAUGACCCACGUUGCUGCCGAGGAAGGCCGCCAGCAAUCAGUUCAAGCGGGACUUGACCAGAUGGCCGCCACCGUGGCCGCCUUGGACUCUCGACUCGACAAACAGAGGUUCCUUGAGUCCAAUCACACCGCUUUCAUGAUCCCCAAGAAAUUCGAAGUGCAGGGCUCGCGAACGGAUGAGGAGGUCACCAUGGAUCUUGAGAUCACAAAAUCGCUGAAGGACGAGCUCGAGUCGCGUCUGUGCCAGCUGCAAAACAGAAUCACUUCUCUGCGGACCGAGUCAGAGGAAGUGUGGAAGACGAUGGAGACGGCAGAGAGGAGUCUGCUCGACAUGCUGACCGCUAAAGACUUUGACGUGAACCAGUUCUUCAACAAUGACAACGCGACGCCCCCGAACGCCAGUCUGUCCUCGACCCUGGGUCUGGCGCCGCAGACACCCUCGCACACAAAGGCGCCGGAGACGUUGUCCAUAAAGCUGAAGCAAGACAAGCAAGAGACAGAGGAGUUUUACCUUGGGAAAUUUAGGGAAUACCUCCUGGGCACAAGUAGGAUAGCACGACUGCACGCCAAGCACGAUUACAUUAGGAAAACACUUCUCGCUGGAAGCUCAGACCUGCCGCCAGCCUCUAGAGGAACGCAGAUACCCAACAAUGGGCUCACGGUGACUGGAGAGAAACCAGUGCGGCGCAAAAGAAUCGGCCGGCUGCAGAUGAUCGGUCAGCCAAAGCUGUUCGGCGGAAGCCUGGAGGAGUACCUGGAAAGCACAAACCAGGAAAUUCCACUUGUGAUGAAGAGUUGCAUUCGAGUCAUUAAUCUAUACGGUUUGCAUCACCAAGGGAUAUUCAGGGUGUCUGGGUCACAACUAGAAAUAAACAACUUCAGAGAGGCUUUCGAAAGGGGCGAAGACCCUCUGGCUGACAUGACUGACGCGUCAGACAUCAAUUCAGUUGCAGGUGUGCUAAAACUCUACCUGCGAGAACUGCGAGAGCCCCUGCUGCCAAUCAUCUACUUUGAACAGCUCAUGGAGCUCGCACAGUUGAAGCCAAACGAGGACUUUGUGGUCAAAAUGAAGGAGCUACUACAGAGUUUGCCAAGGCCGGUUGUGAUUGUCAUGCGCUACCUUUUUGCAUUCCUCAAACACUUGUCGGAAUACAGCGAGGAGAACAUGAUGGAUCCGUACAAUCUGGCCAUCUGCUUCGGCCCGACCUUAGUCCCCGUACCUGACGACAAGGACCAGGUGCAGUUCCAAAAUCUGAUCAAUGAGUUGAUCAAAAACGUCAUUGAGAUGCAUGAGGAACUGUUCCCAGUUGAUGGCGGGCCAAUCUAUGAAAAGUACAUCAGUUGUGAACCUGAUGAAACUGACAUGGGUGACUCGCCAUCCGAAAACGUUCAUGAUGACAUCGACUCAGAAGUUUACCCUUCAGAGGAUGAAUGCGAAUCUCUAGAGGCAACAGUGCAAUUCGACUUUAGGGCAAGAUCAAAGAGAGAACUCAGCUUGCGGAAAGGCCAACACGUCACCCUGUACAGUCAAGUGUCAAAUGAUUGGUGGCGUGGCAGCGCUGGCGGGCAGGAGGGACUCAUUCCAGACAAAUACAUCAUGUUAAAGAUUAACAAGGAUGAGGACAGAGAAAGGCUAGAGCUGAAAUCAAGUUCUGACGAGUCAGUAGUGAAGCGGCGGGCGUCAAGCUCAAACGACUCGCUGCUGUCCGGCCAGAGCUCACAGCACUCGCCGAUCGAGCCUGUGGUGGUAGAGUUUGAGCCAAUCGACACGCCGGGGCCGCCAAACCUGCCACCGCCGUGUGCCGUCACGACUGUGUCACUGCUGCCAUCGAUGAACAGCCGCAACUCGAUUGAGCUAGCGCUUGCCCAGCUGCCCCCCGAGCAUGAGGUGAGUUCCGAGAAUGGUGACACCAAGGUCAACGGCAGCCUCAUCAUCCCUGAAAUUCACACAUCAGAUCAGACUUCUGGAUCCAACAGAAGCAGUUUGGUUGAGAAAUUGGGCAUUGAAGAGGCAGACUCGACGCAACCUGAUUCGCAUGAGCUGCAGGUUGAGGACGAGCCCCAAAUCGAAGCCGACAGGUCGAGUCUGAGCAGCCUAAGCAGCGAGGGCAGCUCUGGCAGCAGCAAUAGCAGCAACACAAGCAGCAGCUUCCAGCAGAGCCGCGAUAUCUGGCGGCGGCGCGAGAAUUCCGCGACGGAGCCGACGCCGGUGCUGCCGGCACCGCAUCUGGUGGGGCUGCCGCUGCGGCAGAAGCACACGCCCGACCUGGUGAUGGACCUGCCGCUCAACAGCAGCGGCAGCACCAGCGUCUCGCCGUCGGGGGGUGCGUCCGACGAAGACCCUGAGGCGUCGCCUAGUCACAGCCCGCAGCACACGGGUCCCGAGAGCCCCGACAUGACCGCAGCCGAGCGCUUCGCCAAGCAGAACCAGUGCACCCUGAAGAAGAAGGACACGCGCACGUCGUCGAGCUCCUCGUCGGGCUCGGCGUCUGCGGCCGUCGACGCCCAGACGCAGACCAAGGUGGCCGCCGCUGCCGCCCCGGACAAGCCGCCCCUCAAGGCCAAGCCGCAGAUCCUCAAGAAACCGGCCGGCAUGCCGCCGUCGUCGCCGGAUCUGAGCAAAAACCGGGAAAUGAACAAAUAAUAAGCAAAGGAAAGUCGAGGAAAAGUAUUCGAUAGGGGCGACCGAUCUCGAAAUUUGGACUUUGAUAUCCCUUGUUCAGACUUAUUUUGACUCCGACACGCAUUUAUCAGCCGCAUCAGUUCCUAAGGCACGUACUUUUCCUGCCGUUCCACCUUUGCUACUUUGUCUGAUUAUCUAAAUUCUGAUAUAUUAGCUGUUCUCUUUUGAGUGCUCUAUAUAAUCAAAGUCAAUUACAAUUAAUAUGCAUUUUAUGACUUUGGGUGCUAUCGGAACUCGAGAGACGUGAUGUAAGAGAAGAGAGAGUAUACAUACACAGUUGUUGGCCUAACUGACGAGAAAAUGCUUUGAACGCCGCAGUAGGCGCCGAGAUCAGAGUUUUUGAGUAAAAACAAAACAAAAAAACAUAUAUAUUGAACUUAACGUAAACACAACUCUAACGAUGUGUGCUUCAUUAACUCAGAUAUUUUUAGAUAAUAGCAAAGAGAAAUUGUUACCAGAGGAAUAAAAAUAACAAAACGGUAUUCUAAGACUGAGGAAGAACAAAUAAUUCAAUUUUUGGAUUAGAAACGAGGACACACAACAUUAAUUUUUUACCUAAUUUGUAGGGUAUAGAGUAUCAGUAGAUAAUUUAGUUUACGAUCUGGUUUUAAGAGAGCGGACGAGUUAUUAGAAUUCGGAGAAUAAAGUUUGUAAGCCAAAUCUUCCCGAUAAUGCUAAAUAUAAAAUGAGAAUCGAAGUAGCAGAUUUUUACGGUUGGAAACAAAGAGGGCAUAGCGAGAAAUCUUGUGUACAGAACACAACACUGUCAGUAGGUUAACACGCACUUUUGCAUAAUUUCAAGGUCUUCAGAUUUUUUACUGGAAACGCGAUUGAGACAAAACUGACAAAACCGCAAGACAUGGCUCAGAAAUCGCACGGCUGCGCAGAGAAUACCAAAACUACUAACAUAUAAUGUAAUAAAAAAAUCUCAGUAACACACACGCAUUCAUAUCUAUCUCAAUACACACACGCAUAGACCAUUAGCAUGGGAAACAGUUCUAAAACUCAAACUUAAUUAAUAACUAACUAUCAAUAAAAUAGUGCCCACUCGCAAGUACACAAUAAACUCUACAAGAAAAAGUCUGUUCCACCAGAAUAAAAUACAUACAACAGCGCAUGCAAAUGGUCAAAAAUGAAGAUAAUAUUUGUGUUUCCGAGCAUUGUCCAACAAUAUUGUUUGUCAGCAAAAAUAUCACUAUUAAAAGGGUGUGUCUCAAAACAUCUGUAUCCACUAAAAAAGUCGUAUAUGUAUUCAAGUGUUCUUAUGUGGUUUAUUUACAGAUCGCAAUAUUUUAUGUAGUGGUCACAAAUAAAUAGUCUCCAGAGAACGCA